AUGGCCACUGCUCAGAACAGGUCCACGGAGCCCACACCGUACCUGUGUCUCAAGUCGCGCUGGCUGCUUGCUGUUUGGAAUGAGUGGACGCUUUUUGGGGGCCUGGUGCUGGCCAUCGUGCUGCUAAACGGCUGCUCCGCGUCGUCCAGUUCCAAAUCAUCCAGCUCGUUACUAAACACGUCUCUUUCGAUUGCCUCCAACACAGACCUCCAGAACGUCCAGUCUGUGUUUCUGGACGACUUGAAGAUUGUGGUGGCUAGUGAUCUGACGGCUGAAGCUGCGUACCUCAACUCCACUCUAAACGACACAAUCACGACAGCAUACAAGGCGAUCGCCGCCAUCGACCUGCGCCCAAUUUUGCAGCAGCUCGCCGACUCAAUCAACGACACCGUCACGUCAUCGCUGGCAUCCCAAAACAGUGAGCUAGAGUCGCUCAAGUCGACUCUAAAUUCCCAGGCUGUGUAUGUUGGAACCUCAGUGAGUCUGGACAAAAUGAAUAUAAAUUAUACCUGGAUCGGCAGCUAUCUGGCAAACGAAAUACAGAACCGCACGAUAACCAAUGCCUACGAGAAGCAUUUUAGGAACCUCCCCGAUUACUUUGCUUUCUUCGACUCUCUCACAACAGAGACGCUCCAAAACGUUUCUGCUGCAUUUGACCUGGUGGAUUUGUCCGGCCCCGAAAUUUAUAACUACUCCGUCUCGAACGCGUCAGCUCUGCACCUGACAUACUUGAGCUCUACGACUUCUAAAAAAUCCAAGGCCGUGUACGUCCUCGUUGCAUUGAUGGUUGUUUUCGUGGUAGCACAGAUGCUGCUUGACUGGCUGCGCUUCGCACAUGAACAGAAACAGGCGACGUGUUUUCCGCUCGAAGCCACCGAAAAGACCGACUUCUUGGAGUACACGUUCCGAGCCGUCGAUUUCGAGGCAUUUAAGCUCGCAGAGGUGCUUGCUGCAUUUUUUGGGGACAGCACCAGACUGAAUUUUCUUGCAUCGUUCUGGCUCGGGGUGCGGUCCAAUGCAAAAAAUCUGGGAAAAUACAUCGUUUUUUCACUGAUUCUAUAUUCCUGUUGGACGCAGAACACUUCGUCUUCAGUGGACGUUUCUCUGAGCGGAAACACGCGUCUGCACAAUACGUCGCACACGCUGAAGACAGAUUUUGGAUUUGGCUCAGAAUCGCUUCUGGCCGAUAUCCGAGAAAUUUACGACGAUUUCGGGGCCCACGUGCGACAAUUCCUUGACGACGAAGGCCUAGCGCCGUUCGUGUCGUAUGACAGGCCAAACUCCUCGUUUUUGGCCGACUUUAGCUGGCCCGACGAAAUGGCAACAGAGCUGACUGUCGCUGUGAAUAGCACGGUUUCGCAGGCCAAACUCCACCUUGUCCAACCAGCCGCCAGCCCAAAUGCCCGCCCACUGCUGUACUACGCGUUUGCGCUCUGCGUGGGGGCCACGUUCACGAUGGUGGCCAUCAGCGUCUACACGCUCCGCUAG